CUGGUCUGCCUUAAGCCCUUAAUAACUGGUAGAUCAGAUCUGAUGGAAUAUAUGAUUCUGGCAUCGUCACUACUUAUCCUAUUAGUGACGUGGGCAUGCACAGCCACUGCCACCGCCACCGCUCCGGCCCCCGCCGUUGAGGAACUCCCCGUAGCCGAACAUUUUGAGCGGUGGAUGAUCCGCCAUGAACGUUCUUACAAAGAUGACCUUGAAAAGGCCAAAAGAUUCGAGAUCUUCAAGAGAAACAAAGAGUACGUCGAGUCUUUCAACAGAGCCGAAAACCGUUCUUACAGACUUGGAUUGAAUGCAUUUUCCGACAUGACCGACGAGGAGUUCACGGCGAAGUACUUCAAAAACUGCUCUAGAGGACCCGGACCCCAACGCCGCCGCCGUCAUGCCCCGCCGGAGCCGCCGCUGUUUCAAGAAAAUGUGAGCCUGGAACAACUUCCACCCUCGGUGGACUGGCGAGAGCAAGGCGCGGUGACCGACGUGAAGGACCAGGGAGGUUGCGGGUGUUGCUGGGCGUUCGCGGCGGUGGCCGCCAUGGAAGGGCUGAACAAGAUCCUCUCUGAAAUUCUGCUGGACUUAUCGGAGCAGCAGCUUCUAGACUGCGACACCGACUCUUUUGGGUGCGCCGGCGGCUCCAUCAUGUACGCGUUCGAAUAUGCGGUGGAGAAAGGCGGCCUGGCGAUGGAGAUAGACUACCCGUACGUCGGCGUUCAGCAGACAUGCCGGGAUGCUGACGUGGACACCUUCGCCGGCAUCUCAGGCUACAGAGUCGUGCCUUGGAAUAGCGAGACGGCUCUCCGCUCCGCCGUCGCGAAGCAGCCCGUCACCAUCGUGGUGUCGUACAGUGCUGGCUUUGUUCCGUCGUUCAAGAACUACGACGGCGGAGUUUUCGUCCCCGGGCCUUCCGGUGACUGUGGAACUGGGGUGGACCACGCUAUGGUGGUUGUGGGAUACGAUACGGUUGUCCCUUUUGUUCCAUUCUGGAUUGUGAAAAACUCUUGGGGAUCAAAUUGGGGAGAGGACGGUUAUAUUCGGAUCGCGAGAGAGGGCGGUCUGUCUGGUCCUUGUAGCAUGUACCAAGAAGCCAUUUUUCCUGUUGCUAGCUAGAGCAGUCCUUUCUAAUAUAAUAGCUCAUCAUACAACCCCAUCAUAAGCAAAAAUGCAAAAAAAAAAUUAUUUUCCCAAAUAGGAUUUAUUUAAUCCUAUUAAAAAAAGAAAUUGAUUAAAACUUUUUUAAUUAAGUAUGAG